GUAAUGCUCUGUUGUCUGAGCUGUAAGUACUGUUGACCUAGCUCGUGAGCUCAGUGGCUGCCAAUGACAAGCUAUAGUGCAUGAUAUUGAAAUAUUUAUGUUUUGGAGGACGAAUCUUGCCCGCUAGGCGCUAGCGCUGUCGACACCAUCGAUCAGUGGACACAGGCUUGGCACGCCUGAAACUACCUUGAACGGGUGAAUACGCCUACAAGUAGUAGUUCAAUCACACCUAUCAUUAUCUGAUUAUCACCGCGAUACUCGUCGUAGCGGGCGGCUGUGCAGCAGCUAGCUGAAGAGGAGACACGGCUGACGGCCCGGCUGACUGGCGAGUUCGAGGCGAGCGAUAGCUGAUCGAACGGUUGCGUUUGGGCAAUUGGGGGGCUGAUGUGUGCUUGGAAUCUCUUCGACAGUAUACCUGGAUGCACCGUUCAACUUUACUUUCAAGUCAAUGACUAAAUUGAAUAGCUCGAAUUUGGCCAGGUCUUGAACGUGUACCACUCUGGACGAUACGUCAGUGCUAAGACUACCAGAGCCGCGAUUGGCAGCUAUUAGUUGUUACAUGCCAUUCUGCACCGCCCUCGCUGUGCUGCUCUGAGGGCCGCGUGACUCCCGGUCCGCGACGUAACUUACACUGUUGAUCGAGCUUAGCAGCAGGUAUUGAGCGGUGCACCGCGGUGGCCGGUUUGAUGGUUACUCCGGACGUGAGCCACCUGCUGCUGCGCGGUCACGGACUGACUCUAUGAUGUCGACGGUGAAGACGGGCAACCAAGGCCAUCCGCUGACCGGACCGGCCACAAACAGCACAGGACGGCUGAAGGCAGGCCGUGCACCGCCGGCUGCGGCGAAUGCGGGGAAGAAAGCCAGGCAUCCUCCUGCCCAUGCCGCAGACAUCUCGAAGUGUGAACCUUCACCGCCACUGCUUGGUGGCUGGCCUAGUCACGGAGACUGUCUGACGGGUAUCGUGCAGAAACGCUUGCCAACAGAGUUUCAGUAUCGAUGGAGACCGCCUGCAUCCGAGACUUACAUCCGCCGCCUCUGCCAACUGUACGUGCAGGAUGGCAAGUCGAUCACCUUGCUCCGGGAGAUGAUUGCCGCGGCCGACAGUGAGCGCAAAGAAGCAGGGGAACUCACUGGCGAUGGCGAGGAGACGUCGUCAGAGGACACGCUCAUGGACGCCGUGUUGAACCUGCGGCAAAUCAACGACCGCGCGUUGUUGCUGAUGAGCCCCGCCGGCGGUGCCAAGAUGGCGCGCGGUCGCAUUCGGCCGAGUCGCAGUGCCCAGGAGCUGCUUGAGCCCCUUGCUGCCGAGGCCUCUGACUUGCGAGCAGCCUCGGGGAAAGUUGCAGCCAAGGCUACGGCCGUAACUGCCGCAGAGGAGGCGGUUACGACCGCGGUGGCAGCGGCGAAAGCUGCAGCGGAAGCGGUGGCCAAAGCUGCUGCAGAUGCUGCAACGGUGGGCACAGCGGCAGUGCCUCCAACGGGAGCACAGAGAGAAGCAAGAGAGGUGGAACGGCCAACAUCAAAUGGCGAUCGCAAACCACACGAUCGGAACACAGAUUGCCAUGAGGACAGAACGAAAGGUUCAGUAUCCAGUCACCCCCAGCAAGGGGCAGGUUCCAUCCCCGCGGGACAGGGGAUCAAACUUGGCAAAGAAUCGUAUGUCCCAGGCAUCAAAUAUGCUGCGGGUGGCAUGCAUGCAUCAGGAACAUCAGUACACUCAGUUGUGUGGAAAGCACAGCUGCAUAAUACUAAACCCUCAAAUCAGCGGCCAACUGGCCCAUCCAUAGCUGGCACUGACCGUAAGGGAUACAGUACAGUAUCACUCACGCUGUAUCCGUCACACAGCGUCCCUUCGCUGCCGGCAUUGGAGCACGACAGGGUCAAACCGGCCGCCAAGCCCGUCAAGCCUGGCUCGUUAUGCUCCAAGAGUGACUCCGCCAUUGGUGACGUUUCAGUGGCAUUGGGGGUCACGCAGCUAUGGGGUGCCGCAAAGUGUGGGGCCGCCGCUGGUAUCCUGAUGGACAUGGAUUGUGCCGCAAAGCGCCCAAAGGGCUGUAUUGCAAAGGGCCCCAAUGGUCUGGGCAGGGUGCAGGUGCCCGUUGACAGUACCCCGCACGGCCAGGCUGUCAACAAGACAGCGGGCGGGGACCAGGCCGCAUUCAUGCUGUCCGUGACCGCCACACAACACUCGCUCUCCACGGGCAAAGGCGGCAGGCAGCUGGAGCAGUUUCUCACGGAAAUGGAGAAAGCCAAACAGCGUCAGCUCAACAAGCAACAGAGAGCGCGAGAGGAAGCUGCAAAGCAGGUUGAACUCACAAUAAAACCCAGUCAGCAAACCGCACAGAGAGAUCAAGGCAAGGAAAAGGCACCAAGCGACAAUACUCGUAGUACACAGCGCACGGAUGCUAAAGCAGAGAAGGAAUCCUGCAAAGCAAGCUCAUCCAGCUCAACACUGGUGACUAAGAAAAGCACAGACACCAUCCCUGGAUCUUCAGUGAAUGACAAGGGUGGGAAGGAUACGUGUUCAUCAGAGUCCAGCAAAGAGCGACAAGCUAAGCUGGAAAAUCCUUCAAACCAGUCAUCAAGUACUGAUAAGCCAGUGGCACCAUCUGACAAAGACACGGAUUUGAUACUGCACGGGGAAUACAUGAGGCUGAAUGCCCCAUUGCCACUGGUUCCAGUGGAUACAGACAACAAGACUACCAGAGCUCUGGGCGGAAAGCAUCUACCGGGCAAGCGCCAUGGGAAGUGGCCGGGCUCGGCACUGCGAGUGGCACCGCUCGGCUAUAAGGCAGGGAACGGUACCAACGGGCCCGCUAAGCACCGCCGCGGUGGCCUGCCUGCCCUCAAGCAUCCCAUGAAGCUCGCGCUGGAGCCGGUAGUUGUGGAGAGCCUGGUGAUGAAGCCAACCUACAACGAGGUGAGCCAGCUGGAGCUGGAUAACUUCGAGAGGGCGGUGAAGAGAAACAUCCUCAGUGACAACGACAAGCCAAGGCGAUUGGACAAGAAGGCUUCGCGAAACUACGACGUGACGAGAGCCAAGGCUGCGGCAGUCGACGCGGGACCACUGGAAGUGCAAGCGCAAGGGGUGCAUUCCAACCACAUCGCCAAGCAAGGGAAGGGAGCAGAGUCACAUCUGCCUCCGCAACGUUAUGCAAAGGCCACUGGGGAGCCACCGCUGAAGGAAGUCUUGGACACCGGCACAGUGGAAUCCACCCAUGAUCCGACCGACGCAACGCACAAGUCCACCAGGAAGCCAGCGCACUACGGCAAAACUCGGCACAGACCUGGUGCGGGUGCUAGCUAUGCUCCGCGACGCGACAGUACAGCGAGCAGUGGCACCAGUGACAAACUGGCCGCGAGUCAAAAAGCAAUGGAGAAGAUACUGGGGUGGGCCGGAAUGUCCGAGGCUAGCGAACAAGCAAAGCAAAGUCUAACUACUGGCCAGUCCCAUCAUAAACAUCGGCCUUAUAGAUCCCAGCAAGGCCCGAGGAAGUCUGCAGAUUCUGGGCUCGGCCAAUUUUCAAUGGCUUCUGAUGAUCCAACGUCCGUGCCGAUGUUCCUGCCGAUGUCACCUGCACCAAUUGUUGACAAGAUCGUACAAGGCUACUGGAAAGUGCAGAAGGACGCAUCGCAGCAGGCAGGUCAUGCGCAAUAUCACGUGAAGGAAUUCCUGUGAGCGUAGAGCGUGCACACGUAUGCGUGUAUACCGAAUUGUUGUUCUUGGAUUUAAGCGGGCGCAUGCAUGCUCGCAAGCUCUAGACUAGAGUCUAGUGCAGCACCCGAGGCUCACGAACAGCUGAGUAUAGCACGGCAUGCGCGACCGCCAGCCACGUGUGCACGCCUGUGACUGCGCAUGUGCAUGCAUACUGCGUACGCAGUGGUCUUGCAUUAUACUUACGGUAAUGUACACUGGCCUCACAGUGCCGAUUUGACUGCAGUAUGCGUGUGUAGAACACAGCGGACCAUGCACAGCGACGUAAGCCCUGCUAACAACACAGGCAUUAACCCGUUAGCAAGAUAUUCACGACUUAACUGCUUCGCAUAGACUAGCUUCAGCUCUGAUAUAUAGCAAACAUGAAGUCUCCCAUCUAUUGUGCACCGUGUGUGCAUCCCAGAUAUAUCCUGGCAUCCACCUCAAUCCAGUACUCAUGAGCAAAUUCAACUUGAGUACAUCUACUAUGCUAUGCCUACAGUCUUUUAUAUAGAUUUCGUCUCAAAUCAGUUUGAAAUUGUCUGCGGCAUGUGCAGGUGUCCAACAGCCGGGUUGUGGCAUUCAAGUCACCGCCCUGCUCACCGCUCUGUACGUGUCCAGAGUUGGUAGGAGGAGCAGCUUCCGAUGCAUAGCUUUAUUAUACUGUUCUUCCCAGCUUAGGUCCAGCUGAACCAUACCGUUCUUCAACUUGAACAGCCUCUCCAUAGUUAUCAUGCUAACCCUCACCGAAAGACCUUAGAUCGCACCGCAUGUAUUAUUGCCCUUGUCAUGAUUCCGCUGACUUACGUCAAAGCGUCUCUGUAGUAUUAUUUAUCGGUACUUUAAGGCAUACUUCGAAGUAGACUACAUACGAAUUCUCUGUCGCCUCUGCCCGAGCAAGCACUACUUGCCUGACUGCGAGCACGGAGCACCGAGUGAGUCGACCUUGGGACACGACUGCCGACUGCCGGACUUAUACAUUAUUGCCUGAUGAUUCAUUGCAUAAGCAUGACACAAGUUUGAGUAGCAGCAACUAGCAUUGCUCUUUGUUGUUCUGUACAAUCAUGCUGUUAUGGCAUCGCCGGUCUAGGUCGCGUUUGGGGUUAGCAGUUGAAGUCCAUGACUUGUACUUGGAGUCUUUCGAGGCCAUGGUCGUGAUACUGAUCCUGUACAUCAACAUCUGGACUUGUCUUCUCUUCUCACACUGCAGAAUCUGAGAGUGAACUAACUCACUAGUGAUACGAGUACUUGUACAUGACUAUGCAGGUCGUUCAUAUACAACAGUCCUGCUCGCUUUCAGCAGUGAAAGCCCGAUUUUGGCCGAAUUACAUGUAAGACUAAAUGCCCAAUUAUAUUUUCCAAAUUUUG